UCGGUGAAUUUCAAGAUGGCGUCUAAUGUACGGGUGGAAAUAUCGAUGUGAUAGAAAACUUGCUUGCAUUCCAUUUUCAUGUAUUGUGGUGUUGUGAAAUGAGCAAAAUUAAGAGAAGAGUAACAGUUGAUUCUGCUAAGUCUGUCUCGGAUGAAGGAGAUAGACGCAAACCAAGUGUUUUUGAAAGGCUUGGUCCCGGAGCUCGAAAACAACUAGACGAUCGUGGAGAAUCUUCAUAUCACAACACCAAGUGUCGGCAUUGGUUGCUAAACGGAGAGUGCGCAUUUGGAAGCAGCUGUAAAUUUCAACACGGUCCACCUUACAAAAAAUCAAGAGUUGAGGAGAGUCCUGAGAAACCCAGAUCCAGACAGAAACAUUACAAGAAGGAGACAGAGGAGAGCGAUUCAGAUUCCGACCACCGUGCUCGCAGCAAGUCCAAAAAGGAGAAAAUCCGAUCAAUUGUCAGUAAGAAGAAGGCAGCGGCACAGGACAGUGACAGUGACACUUCUGACAGCUGGGAGCAGGAACGGGCGCCUCAGCCUGACAGAGCAGAUUUAGAUUACAAGAAGGAGUUAGAGUUGGAGCGCCAGAGACAGCAGAUUCAGAAAGCACUGCAUCAGCUCAACCAGGAGGAGGCGAGGGAAAAUAUCACCAUUCAAAAGAAGCUCAGCAGUAGUGAGGACGAAAUGGAUAGCCCCGAGCUGAAGUACAAGAAAUCCAAGUCACCAAGUAAGAAGAAGAAAGAGAAGAAACACAAGAUGAAAUCUCCAAAGUCCAAAGACAUAAGGUCACCAAGCCCUGGAGUCAGAAAGAGAAAUGAAGACCAAGACUCUCCAAAGAAGAAACACAAGAAGAAGAAAUCUCUGGAAAAGAAACAUUCAGAAUUUUCAGAUGAGGAUGACCAAGAGAUGAAAAUGAAAAAAUUCAAAAUUAAAAGCAUUAAGUCAAAGACUUCUGAAAAACCCAUUCUGAGUUUUCAGUCAGAAGAAGAAUAUGAGGAUGAGCUUGCAAAGAAAGCAGCUACAAGAAAAUUAUCACCCUGGUCACGCUCCCCCUCACGCUCGGCAUCUAGGUCAAGGUCUCCAUCUGCCGAUUAUGAAAGGUCAAGGAGGUCACCUGAUGAAUAUGAGAAAUUUCUGGUCCAGCAGCAAGGAAAGUCCCCAAUGAGCAUGAAAGGAAAGAAGGCUAUCAGACAGCAAUUGGAAUAUGAGAACUACAUGAAAAAACACAAGAAGGGGAGGUUAAAAGAACUCUCCCCAGAGCCACGAGAAGUAAAGAAAGAGCGAUCACCCUCCCCAGAUCAUGCUGAUCCAAAGGGAGGUAAAAAGAAGGGCAAAAAGGAGCAGAAAAAGAAACAGAAAGAUUCGGAGAAAGAUUACAUGUCAAACAGUGAUUCAGAGAUGUAUGCAAGAGGAGAGAAACAAUCACCAACUAAAAAGUAUGAUCCACCCCCAGAUCAUCGGGAGCAGAGGAGCUCAAGACGAGAUGAGAUGGAGCAGCCAAGAAGCUCCCCUAAGGAGUAUGGGGACAGUCGGUCCAAGCAGUACAAGUCCCAGGACAGAAGGGGACCCAGUACCCCAGUGAAGGAGAGGAGGAGGAGUCCCUCCCCAGACCAGGGAAUAAAGACACAGGAGUCCUACAGCAGGAAGGAGUAUUCGCCUUCAGAGUCUAUGAGGUCAGGGUCCCAGUACCAGAGGAGUCGCCGAGACCCCUCCCCUAGGGAUAGGAGGGAUGACAGCAGCAGGUACCCCAAAGAUCGACGGAUGGAAGAGGAAAGAGGGAGGGACAAGGAAGAUCCCCGCCGAUCCAGCAGGUACCCCUCCCCAGGGGAGCGGAGAUAUGAUAGAGGUCAUGAUCCACCCCCAAGGGCUGAGUACGAGGGAAGGUCAGACAGCCGAAGUAGAUAUAUGGAGAGAAGCAGAGAUCCCUAUGAUGAGCAUUAUCCCCCUCCCCCUCCCUCCCACCCAGAGGACCUCAGAGAUCGUGGGAGAGCCACUUACAGCCAGAGGGGUGCACCCCUCCCACCAGAAUCAUAUGAAAGGGACAGAAGGGGGCCUCCCUCAGAUAGAUUUGACAGAGACAAAAGAGGUCCUCCCGAGGGUUACGAGAGAGAUAAACUCGUACCUCCAGCAGAGGUUUAUGAGAGGGACAGGUACCCUAGGGACAGAGAGAGGUAUGGGUCCAGGGAUCAGAGGUCAGACCCUAGGAAUCCUCGAUAUGAAGGAGGCAGGGAUCCAUAUGAUAAUAGAGGCCCAGCUCCCACUGAUUAUGCAUGGGAUCAGAACCGCCGCGGUGGUAACUGGCCACCACCAUCUUCCAGAAACCGCAACACCCAACAACAACCACCACCAUUAAUGGGCCCCGACAGAGGCUAUCGACCUCCAGAGCGAUAUCCAGACUAUGGACCCCCCAUCCCAGCUUCCAGAUUUGAUUCCCCGAGGGAUGUCAGAUCAGAGAGGGGAGAAUGGGACAGGCAGGACCCCAGGGAUGAGUUUUACCCCCCAGACAGGAGGGACUGGGAUCGUCAUGAAGAGAGGAGAGACUACCAACCCCCACCACGGGAGGAUGACCGCUUUAUGGACAGGCCAGAUGAUCGAUACAGGGACAGCAGCCGGUAUGACAGAAAAGCAGAUGACAGACGGAAUGAUGACAGAUCAAAGCGAGAUCGCUACGCUGAUGAAAGGUCAGAGAGACAAGACAGAGACAAAGGUGAGCCCCCGAGCAGGGCAGACUAUGACCGACGCAGAGGGGGGUCUCCAGACAGAAGACAAGACAUGUCCCAGGACCGAAAAGGAGACAACUCGAGGGAUCGUAGGAGGGAGACCUCACCUGAUAGACAGCAAGGAGGGUCAUAUGACCAGCAGAGGGCGGGGUCAAAAGAGAAAUACCGUGAAGAGGGGGACAGAAGAAAGGAGGAGGGAAGCGAUCGAAAGAGGGACAGAUCGAUGGAUACAAAGAGAGAAGAGAGACGAAGGGAUGAGAAGAAUCGUGGGACAGCUGCUGCCAGACGCAAGGAGGGGUCAAUUGAGAAGCCAGCUGAAGGCUCACCUGAUAGGCCAAGAGAGAGGUCAUAUGAUAAGAAAUGGGAGGAGUCACCUGAAAGGCCAGUGGGGGAUAAGGAGGUGGAUCGAAGAAGAGGGGAAGGAGAGGAGAAGGGGAGGAGAGAAGCUGAGAAUCAGGGGCGAGAUAAGACAUCUCGAGAGAGGCGGGAUCCUACACCGACUAAAAAGAAGGAUAAGAAAACCAAGAAGUCUCACAAGGAAAAGUCUAAAGAGGAGGAAAAAACGGAGGAAAUCAGAGAGAGGAAAGAGAAAGCAGAACCAAGGAAGGAAAGCAGAAAACGGGGCUAUGAUGACAAGGAUAGGUCAGUUUCACCUUCACCAAGAGCAAGAGAUGCUGACAUAUCCCCCACACCAUCCACAAAGAGGGUCCGGGAGGUGUCUCCCACAGAGUCCCAUCGCAGCAAGAGGGAGAUUUCCCCCGCUCUAUCUCACAGGAGUAAGGCUAGUGCUGUUCCUGUGGAGAAACCACCCACCAGAGAGGAGGAUGAGGAGGAAAAAAGAGGCCGAGACUGGGAGAGGGGGAGUGAGAAAUCAGAGAGGAGGGGGAGGGAGAGACAUGCCUCUAGUCCAUUUUCUGUUGAAGAAGAUAGAGGGUCGAGAGUGUCCAAAAGGUCAAGGUCACCUGAGGGCAGAGAUGACCAGAAAGACAGAGACAGGAGGAAAAAGAGGAAAAUCAAUCGAGAUGAUGACAGAAGACAAAGUGACAAAAAUCAUGAGGAAGAUCGCAAAUCAGUUGGCAGACAAUCCCAGGGCAGUCAUCUUGAUAACAAGCUCAGUGAUUGGUCUGAAGAUUCAGAGGACCUCCCUAAAACUGGCCUGGGGGAGGUGACAGAAAAGGAGAAAGAACAGGUGGCGUCUGCUCUACCAGAACACAUUCUGCCCCGACGACCCAGAAGUCAUAGCCGUAGCAGCCUAGGUAGCCAUCGAGAUAACCGCAGCAGGCGGUCAUCAGUUGAUCGCAGCAGGCGGGAUGUAUCUGCAGAAAAUGAUCGGAGUAGAAGGGAUCGUUCGCAAGAAAAUGAUAGAAGCCGGAGGGAUCGCUCAAUUGAAAGUCGUAGCAGGCGGGACCGCUCACCUGAAAUUCGAUCAUCUAGUAGACCAAGCAGUAGAGAGAGGUCAAGCAGAGGUAGAACUAGCUCAGUUGAAGCUCGAGAAAAAGAGAGAAGCAAAAGUGAGACAUCUGAGAGCAAACUCGAGCCACAGGCGAAUGAGGAGGAAAAACAAACUAAAGAUGAGGAGGAGGACUCUGAUGAUAAUCUGUCAUUGGAGGAGAUUUCCAGUGAAGAGGGCAGUGUGAUUGGAGAAGAGGAAAAGAAACCCAGUAUAAUGGACAUGGUAGACAUAGACUGGACCAGUCUGGUUCAAUCCUCACAACCUAAACCAGCCAGCACUGGUUCAGCUUUGCAGCGGUUCAGAGCACCUGCUAUCUUUGCCAAGCUCGGAGUAUCCCGGGAGUUUGCGGGUGACAAAUUGUUUGAAAAGAUCCAGAAUUCUUGUCAACAGGAAUUAGAGAAACAAAGAGAGGAAAACUCUGAAGGGUCACAGGGUCAAGAGGUUAAACCCUCAGAGCAGGUUAAGUUCCAGUUAGAGGAUUCUCUGAGGAAAAUCCAGACAGGCUCGGCUUCGCUGACCUCGAAGAGUAAUAUCCUACGUAACAUUGGCAGCUUCAGGAGGGCAUUGUGUGCCAGGAAGGACCUGGAAAUCCGACGCAAACUCUGCAAAGUGGACACGAACUUGGACCAAUCUUUCAAUCCUCCGAUGCCAGACAAAGAACUGUUUAAACUUAGUGCUCAACUAUUGACUGGGUCUGACAUUUCCCCUAUUAAAGAUGACAGCACCACCUCAGCCAUUAAACCUGAAAUACAGUGUGCCUAGAGACUGCUGGCCCAGAGGUGAUAAAUCUGGAUCACUAAUGUGAUAAAUAAAAUUCAUAGAGCAGGCCACAAAAUUUACUGUGGAAGAGGCAUCUACGAAGGGCAUAACAAGGGUGCAACAAUAGGCAUCCUUUUUUUUAAUCAUUCUUGUGUUCAUGUCUUGUAUAACCAUGUGUAUUUCAUUAAAAAUGAAAUGAUAAAA